GGAGGAAGAAGCGAGUGUAGGAGGGAGCUCCGCGUGGCCUGAGAGAGUUAAAGGAGACAAAGAGAGGGAUAUUCCCUUCUGCUGAAGGUGUUUGAGCUCUGCUCCUGAAGCGUGAAGAUGCUGCAGCAGAUAUUGGCUGACAUGUACAUCGAGCCGGAGCUGCUGACCGAGCUGAAUGAGGAACAGAAACAGAUUCUGUUCUUUAAGAUGAGAGAAGAACAGAUCCGGAGAUGGAGAGAGACAGAGAUGCAGCUGGAGGAGGAGGAAGCUGCACGUGUUAAAGUCAAAAAAGUUUCAGGAAAGACUGUGUCGUGGAUGAAGGGUCUGGAUGACGAUGUGUGGGUUUGGGUGAUGGGAGAACAUCCUGAAGACAAACCCUACGAUCAGAUCUGUGACAGGGUCAUGGCCGAGAGAGCAGCCCUGCAGGCCCAGAGAGAGGCCGAGAAGCUCAGACCAAUGAGAGGGGGUGGUCACGUGCAGAAGUCAAAAGCUGCAGACGUGCGCAGACGAUCUCUGGCCAAGCAGAGUAUCGAGGACCAUCGCAGGCGCUCAGUUAAAGCUCUGGAAAGAGGACGUGUAGCGGCCAUGACAAAGGCCUUCGGCAGCACAAAUCCAGCCCCUGCACCCAAACCCAGAAACACCAGCAACACCAGCAGUGCUAUCAGCCGGAAGGGUGGCAUGCGGCGCUCGCUGUCAGCGUCUAGUCGAGAUCAUAUUAUUCGCUGGUUCAAGGAGGAACAGCUGCCGCUCCGAGCCGGAUUCCAGCGCGACCAGAGCCGCAUCGCACCCUGGUUUCAUGCUUCAGAGAACUGCUACAUGCUGCUGGGAGACCAGAUCAGAUUCAGCUCGCUCACUGAACUGCUGGAAUAUCAUCAGGUAAAUGUGCCAUACGUCACGCACUGGUCCUGGGGAAACGGGUUCAUCUGGGCCAGAAGAAUCCCAAAGCGUCUCUGCAUUUUAUUUCUUCAGGUGCACACAUAAAAAAAAAAUUUAAAAAAAAACUUUUAAGUGUUGUCUUUAGUAGUAGAUCUUGGCAUAGGCACGGGACAGCUCUAAAACGCAUACUUUUUUCCCAUUUUUCUAUUUUAAUAUUCUAUUUUUUCUUUACAGAUUAUAUUAGCAUCGUAAAUGAUUGAAAAUUAACGUUUUUUUCUUUAAUGACAGCAGCACUCAAAAUGGCCUGGUUGGACAGUAAUAGACUCAUAUUUGAAAUGUGCUUGUAAUUUUAGUACAUAACAUAACACAGUAGUUAU